AUGGGUAACGGAGUAGUUGAGCCGAGGCUUACAGACUAUUCUAAGCAAAUUCUGUCCGUGCUACCCAAGGCAGUCAUGCCUUCUAUUGCAGCUGAGACUUUCAAGAUUAAACCUGCAUUGAUAAAUAUGAUUGAGAGGCACCAAUUCGGUGGGGAAAAGGGUGAAGACCCUAAUCUUCAUAUCCAGUCUUUCAUUCAAUAUUGCUCUACUGUCAAGCAGAAGAAUGUAACGCCAGAGCAGACUAUGGAGAUGCUCUUUCCAUUUUCUUUGAGUGGGAAGGAAAAGCUAUGGAUUAACGGGCUCAUUCGAGUAGCUAUGAAAAUCACUGACUGGGAUUCUCUGGAUCUUGCUUUCUAUUUUUACAAUGGUCUGGGUAAUGAGUCUAGACUUAUUUUGGAUUCUGCUGCUAGUGGGAGAUUCAUGCAACUUGAUGUGACUAGGGCUAUGGAGUUUGAUAGUAUGCAAGCAGCAAAUGCUCAAUCCGCUCAACAUGUUAGUGUAGCUGUAAUGAAUUCUCAAGCCGUUAAUGUCUGUGAUAGUUGUGCGACGUCUGGUCAUUAUGCACAGGAAUGUAGGAGCUCCAUUGAACAAUGUAAUGCAUUCCAGGCCUACAAACAGAAUAACCCGUACUCUAAUUCUUACAAUGAGGGGUAUAAAAACAAUCCCCUACUAUCAUACAGGAGUACUAAUAUUCAGAACCCCCAUCAGGUUCAACAUCCCCCACCACCACAACAACCAUACCAACCACGGAAUAACUACAAUCAACAGUCUAGUGGACCACCUAGGUUCCCUAGACAACACACACCACAUCCAUCACCACAACCUCAACCCACAUAG